AAACUCUGGUCAAGAAAUGGAGAAGGAAGUACAAAUCAUGGAUCCCACGACUCCCUGUAUUCCAGUAACUGAUGAAGAUACCGUUUCACCUUCACUUCAGUCCUCUGUAGUUAAAGAUAUGAAUGAAGAUGACAGAGAACAGGGCUCAGACACAGAAUCUGUAGAUUUGGCACUAUCCCAAGUAGAAUUUCAAAAAUCCAACCUAGAUGUUGAUCCAGAACCUGUCAGCACCGCCAAGUCUGGUGACCUUGAGGCCAGUGGUAAGAGAGAGUCCGGAGAAACAGAACAGAGUGAGUCGCUGCUGUUGCUACGGCAACAGUCAAUAGACCCUGCAUGUAUGAAGGUUUCCUCUGUGGAGACUAUAUCUUUGUCAUCUCAGGAUGAGGCAGUCAGUCCAGGUCACUUAGGUCAAGGUCAUCUAAUCAAAGGUCAAGUUGAAGGUCAUAUAGGUGAAGUUCAAGGUCAAAAUUCCAAUACCAAAGACUUACCUUUGACGGAGGAUUGUGUGGUUUUGGUCACACAGGAAGAUCAAGCACCUGCAGGUGUACCAAACCCCUCGAUGUUCAAUCAAAUGAAAGGUGAAUCUUCUCAGAACCAUGACGCACCAGCAAAGAUGGUUGACGCUGAAGAAGAUGUGGAUAAAAGCUGUUCUGAAGUAGGAGAAAAUGUUGUGGCUGAGCUUUCUGAGAAGACCAAGUCCCCAGUGAAAAUCAUUCCAGAGUCAGAUGAAAAUAUCUGUUCAGAGAAAGAAGAAGUUGGUACCACUGCAUCCUGUCCUCUUGAAAAACUGGAGUAUCCACAUCUUGAUGUCACUCUGCACAUUAAAAAAUCCAACAGAAAAACAUUUUCUUUGGAUCCUGUCACCCCAACCAAACCAGGAAGUGAACCAUCCAAACCAGGAAGUGAGAAAGUUAAAAGGACAUCAGCAAGUAAAUUUGUGUUGCCAUCCCUUGAUGACAGUUUAUUUGAGAACACCCCCCUGCUCAGUCCACUGGGAGAUAACCUGGAAAUGCCCUCUGUGGGCGAGUCUCAAUACAACAUACACGGUUCUAAUCCAAGUGAGAAACUGGGUGCAACUUGUGACAUGAACCUCAAAGAUUGCCAAGACUCUCAGGGUUCAGGUUCUAACAUGGGGAAAGAUGUACAGUUAGUGACAUUGUGUAUGGAGCAGAGUACAGUCAUUGACGGUACAUCCCGUGGGUCACAGGGAUCAGGCUUCAGCCAGGAAAAAAUUGCGCCAAAAGCCAAUGAAGAGAAUAAUAGACUAAAUGCCAGUUUUGAGUCGCCGUGUGUGAUCUCAGAUGAUAUUGUUCCUGCAACUGAGGGUGCCUCUCGGGAUGAAUCGCCUGCUUUUAUAGCACCUGCUAAAUGUUGCAAACUGUAUGAAAAAUCUGGCUCCACUGAGGUCUCCCCUGCGAUAUCUGUGCAGCUUAAUCAGGGAGCUGUUCAUAUGGAUGCGUAUGAAAAUAGUUCUGUUGAAGAUGACAGAUAUAAAAGAUCCAAAUCCAAAAAGAGAAAAUCUGAAACAGAAGGUGAAGAUACGAAUAAUGAGCAGUCUUGUAAGAGGUCAAGGUCAAGUCUAGGUCAUGGGUCUAAGGUCACUCAGCAGUCACAGGUUUUGCAUCAGAAUUCCAGGCAUGAAAAUAAAUCGAGUAAUACUUCACCACAAGAUAUACCAGAUAGUUUUAAAGCAAAAAGUGAAAUAACGAUAAACUCAGAAGAGCCAAAUGCAAGCAACAAUGCCAGAGUUCCAAAUAUUGAAGUUGAAUUGACAGAUGAAAAUGGGGACAUAUCAGAUGACCUAGAACAAGGAGAAGAAGAAGAGGGGAGGCUGGAAGACCUAAUUUCAAAGGAAUAUGACAGUAUCAGCAUGACUAAUUUUGUAGAUCCAUCUUGUGAAAUACUGGAACCAGUAAACCAAAAAUCGCCUUCCUCCACCACUGGACUGGAUGAAGAAUUGGACAAUGACUCCACUUGUGGAUCUCUAGCAGAUGAUGUAGAGGAUGGUGACCUUGAUAAUGGGGUCAAGGUCGGUGGCCUUGAUGAAGGGGUUAUUGACCUUGAGGACAAUGACCUUGAACCUGUGGAAGAUAAAGAUGAGGUCAUUGAUGUCGAUUCAAAUAGUUCUUCAGAUAGUAAACAUUCUGGUGGAUGUUUAGAGAGGAAACCGAAAGUGGUGAACAUCAGAGGGCGACGGAUCUUAGAGAGCGACAGCUCCUCAGAAGAUGGUGAAGCUGAGGAGGAGGAAACCAUUGAAGCAUCAGCAAAACAACUAGAAACCCAGUGCAAUGAAAGCAGGUAUAAGCAAGACAUUGGAGACCUUGCCUCACAGGAAGAUGAAGUGCUUUCAAAAUCAGACAAACUAAAAGUAGGAUCACGAAAUCUUGCCAGUCAAGGGGAAACUAAGAGCAUGAAAACCACGUCCCCAAGUUCUAGGCUCAGCUCAAGAAAUCACAGAAAGAAAUUGUCAGACCUUGCUGUUUGUAGCGAUGAUGAAGAUGAAGCUGACCACCAAAGAACUAGUAGUAUAGAAUUCAGCCAUGUUCCAGAAGGUUCCCACACCUGGCCACAAUCACAAAGUCUAAGCAUUUUACAGCCUUUGGGGCAUAUUCCAACAAAUAAGGAACUCAGAUUACAAAAUGAAAACACCAUGGAUGAUACAACUGAUGAUGACGAACUUCCUGAUAUCCAUCCCCCAUCCAAGAAAUCCCCCCGUGCUUCCACUUCCAAGUCUUACAGUAAUACACCAACAAGGAAGCAAAGUGGAAAAAUACCGAUGAUGGAAAAUGGCAAUGAUUUUCAGAGUCCUGGUUCCAGAGUGUCUUGUAAUGCCCCAUCUGUUGGGAGAAAUGAUUUUGUCAGUCCUGUGACGAGAUUGGGUAUUCCCACUAUUGGCAAAAGACUGAAGUCACCUCUGCUGUUGAUGACCAGUGGUACCAGGAACCAGAGUCCUCGCCCUGGGGUGUCUUGCAAUACACCAUCUGGUGAGAAAAGUGAGUUUCUCAGCCCAUUGGCCAAAGAAAAAGUUUCUCAGUUAGAAAAACCUGAACCUUCACCGUACCCAAGCACUGAUUCCUUGAAUAAAGGCAGAGGUCACAAACUUUCAAACCAACAGAACCUGUCUGAUGAUGAAGAACACAUUGAAGAACAUGAUCCGAAGUAUCCAAGGGAUACUUCUGAGAGUGAAACACCUGUAGAAAGGAAUUACUCAGAAGAUUUAUUUACUGCAGAGAAGGCAGUUGAGGAAACUGAAGAGGACAAUCGGUAUCCUGAUAGUUCAGUAUCUACCGAGAAAGACAUGCAAGGUGAAGGUCAAUCGGCUAAUCGUUACCCCACGAGUUCCUUCUCUAGUGAAAGUGAGGCCCUGCUUACGACCCAGCAACAAAGACAGACAGAGGCAGAGUUGGAGAGACUGCAGAGAGAAAUGGAACGCCUGAAGGCAGCUUUGAACCAAGGUGUUAGAACUGAUGCUGUGCAGUCUCAGACAGACAAGAAAAAGGACGCGGCAGAGGAUAAUAUAAGAUCUUCAGAUGAAGAACCAGACAACAUGUCAGUAAAUGACAGUGGGGAUGAUCUGUUUGUCAGUCCACGUCCUCCCUCUCCACCUCCUGUGAAGGUUGCCAAGGAAACUUCUUCAACAUCCCAUGUGGAGCGCACUCCGGAGAUUCAGAAGUUGACUGAGUUCAUUGAUCAUUACAAGUCCAAAGAUGGCACCACUGUGUCUAAGACAACACAGCAAGCAAACACAAACAAUUCUUCAGAAACAAGAAAAAGUAAAUCACCCUGUGUUAUAAAGGACACCCCAGAUAGGACUACGCCAGGGUCAGUCAGGAACAGUCCAGGGUCUGGUAAAAAUACCCAGGGGUCAGGAGACUGCAAAAUGUCCAGAGAAUCCUCUCCUUUUAGGAAAGAGAGCACCUGUCUUAGACAGAACGAUCCACAGACUUUGAAAACAAACAGAGUGCAAUGUAGUGGAAACCAAGAAAGGACCAGGAACCAUGGUGGACAAGAAAAACCAGAGACCAGUGGUCAGUUGUGUUCAGGAUGGACGAAGGAAGUGGUCAGCGGCAGGACGGGAAAGGUGAUGUCCAUUGUGGCAACGGGACUGGGGAAACAUGAAAUAUCUACAAUAAAGAAUUUUGGUGACAGAUUUGGUGGGAAAUUUUGGGCAAAGUUCAACUCCGGUACUACACAUGUUAUAGUAAAACCUGAUGUAAAGCAUCCUUUGGCCUGUGAAAGGACACUGAAAUAUUUCAUGGGGAUAGCUGGCAGACGGUGGGUGGUUAGCUACAAGUGGAUAGAGGACUGUCUGAACCAAGACAAGCUCAUCCCAGAGACUCGGUACGAGAUCAGAGGAGACAUGGUCAAUGGCGUCAACCACCGCGGACCUCAGCGCGCCAGGCAGACGUCAGACGACCAGCUGUUACUUAGGGGCUAUGAAAUCUGCUGCGCGGGGGGUUAUACUGGACUCGCCAUUGACGACCUGAAGAACCUGGUUGAGUUGUGUGGUGGCGCCACUGUACAGGAUCCCUCCAUGUUCAGCUUUCAGCCUGGCAGUAAGAGGGUGGUCCUCAUCCAGCCCUCGGAACACGGCGUGGACAGGAACAAGUGUGAUAAAAUCUACAAGAAGUACAGCGCGAUGACCCUGAACAGAGAGUGGCUACUGGACAGCGUGGCUUUAUACAGGGUGCAGCACUGGGGGGAGUAUGUGUUAUGUAGCAGAAAACUGGUGAAAGAUGAUGACACAGAAGUCAUAGACAUUGACUGAGAUCUUUCAUGUCAGGAGACUGGGUCAAAACACACACACGCAUGCACACACCCAGGUGCUCUCUCUCUC